AUGCCACCUCGACAGAAACCAGGACAGAUCAUCAGCAAACAGCGACAGUUACCAUCCAUUUGCAGAGGGCAAGACGGCUUGCAAGGUUCGCGCACGGCAGUCGCAAAUGGAUCUAGCAAAAACGGCAAAAUGCUAAUUUCCGCAAACGCUCGAAGAAGCGUAGCGACCGCACUAUUGGUUCUUGCCACGGCCUUUGGUACUCAUGCGGCCGAGCAGGCGACACAAGCCACCCAGACUGGGACGAAACCGCGAUCAAAUCAUGACGGGCACUUGACUGGAACGAGCCAGUGCGAAGCGCGGACUAUAAAUUAUAUCACGCAUACGCUACCACAAUCAUGCCUCACCAGCAGCUGGUCUAGCACAGCAGCUGUGGUGGAGAGCACGCCACUCACAGCCACUGUGCCAGCGACGGCGAGAGCGAACGCCACCUCAACUGUUAACGAUUCAGAGUCGGUCGAGAAUCAAACAAAUAUAAUAGAAGCCAGCGAAACCCCCGAGUCUGCAGACACCGACUCGACGACCGCGCCGUUCAUGUCCUUCGAAGAUUGGAAGGCAAUGAUGCUGCAAAAGACUGGGCAAGAUCCCCAGGAUCUCAAGCAAGUGAAACGCUCAGAAGCGCAGGGUGAUGAACGUCAGCGACUUCAAUCUUACUCGGGGGGUGGUUUAGGGGACGAGGGCGAAAUUUCUUUAGAUUUUGGGGGACAUUCAGAUCAGGCGCAUGCUGUACAUGGCUACGACGGCGAUGAGGAGCAUGCCGACGAGUCAUCCGCCGAGGUUGAACAAGCUGCAAUUCACCGCAGUAAAGAUGCAGGCAAGACUUGCAAAGAACGAUUUUCUUUCGCGUCAUUCGAUGCUGGAGCCACGAUUCUCAAAACAAGCUCCGGUGCCAAGAACUCCAAGGCUAUUCUGGUCGAGAACAAAGACACAUAUAUGCUUCUCGAAUGCACGACGCCGAACAAAUAUGUCAUCAUAGAACUGACGGAUGACAUUUGGGUUGACACUAUUGUUCUAGCCAACUUUGAGUUCUUCUCUAGCAUGAUACGCCAUUUCAGAGUCAGCGUCAGCGAUCGAUACCCCGUCAAAAUGGAUAAAUGGAAGGAACUGGGAACUUUUGAGGCUCGAAAUUCGCGCGAUAUACAAGCAUUCUUGGUUGAGAACCCGCAAAUUUGGGCCAAAUACCUGAGGCUAGAGUUUCUCACUCAUUAUAGCAACGAGUAUUACUGCCCUGUCUCCUUAGUUCGAGUUCAUGGGUCCCGAAUGCUCGACAAGUGGAAGGAUAGUGAGACUGGGACUGACGACGACCCUGUGGGCGAAAUCGAUGGAAUAGCGGAGAAUGCGAUUGUCCCCCAGGAGAACUCAUCCGAGGCGACCGUCUUUCAGGAGAGCAAUACUACAACUGCAGACGCCAACGACAUUUGCCUCCUCAUGGAGUUGACGCCUCUCCAGCUACCUUUGUUCAUGUGUCCGGUGGACAGGGCUUCAGCUCUCACGAACAACUCCGCCGUCGUCGCAGAAGAUGUCAGCAAUAAGCAGUACAAAAAGGCCAUCCAGGAGCAAAUAACCCCUGAGGCCUCAAAAUCGGCUAGCCAACCGAGUACGGAUUCCGAAGAUGAGCGAGCUAGCGACAAUAUUUCAUCAAAACAUACGAAAUAUUCCACGACGUCGACGGCUGCUGCUUUGUCGCCUGCGGCAGCCGCCGGAAAAGUUCCGGCUGCCUCCGCCUCCAAUAGCAGGUCUAGAGGCAAUGCGACGAAUAUCGCCACCCCAUCGCCACCGUCUGUCCAAGAGGGCUUCUUCAAUUCCGUGACGAAGCGUCUACAACAGGUGGAAACGAAUCUGACACUAUCGCUCAAAUACGUCGAAGAGCAGUCUAGGCAUGUGCAAGACGCUUUUCAGCGAUCUGAACAGAAACAGCUUGUAAAGAUCUCCUCUGUCCUGAUGGACUUGAACCAGACAGUUCUAGCAGAGCUACGAAACUUCAGAGAUCAGUAUGAUCAGAUUUGGCAGUCCACUGUCUUGGCCCUGGAAAGCCAGAAAGACCAGUCACAGCGGGACAUACUAGCGCUCAGCUCCCGGCUGCACGUGCUGGCUGACGAGGUUGUGUUCCAGAAACGCAUGGCAAUUGUGCAAGCCGUGCUACUUCUUUCUUGUCUCUUGCUGGUAAUAUUCUCCAGAGGCGUUCCGAUCCCGUAUCUUGGCUUGCCUUCGGACCAGGGAAUGGGCACAAGUGAAGCGUUUGCGGAAAUUUUGGCCUCGAUGCAGAGGCGUGACAUGUACCCAAGCGGAUCGCCCAGGUUCCAAGAUGCCCGAACGCCCACCACGCCGGAACCUCAUGCGGCAAGGCCCCCUCUCGAGAAUCCCAUGGCUGCCUCCCGGUUGAACGUGGACGACUACAGCUAUCAGCGACCGUCUCCUCCUUUAACACCGAACGAUGAGCUGGACGAUAACGUGCCGGACUGGCAGGCAAGUGGUCACUUAUCCGCCAUACAAGCAACGGGAUACGACAAGGGCUCUCGGUACACCAACUCCCGACGACGUGUACAUAUUAAUGAUAUAUGA